UUAAAAGGAUGCUACUAACUUAAAAUUAAAUCUGAACAGGGAAAACGUAGAGAAACAAAAACACUCUGUUAUAUUAAAAAAUAUAUAUAUAUAUAAUUAAAAUAUGAAACCAUAUAGCAUUUUGGUUUUAAUCACGGUAUUCACAUUUUCUAAUUGUAUACCGACAUCAGUUCUAGCUGACACAAAGGACCCAACGGAUCAGAAAAAUUUUAAAGUUAAAAGAUCAUCAAAUGAAAAACCGAUUCCAUUACAACAUGAAAAUACUGAAAAUAAUAAAAAUUUAAAUGUAAUUAAUGAUGGUACACAAACAUAUUCAAGUGCUACAACAACAACCCUAACAAAUAAUAAUCAAAAUAUUAAAGGAUCAUCUCAAUUAUCAAAUCAAAAUAAUAAUGAUAAAUUACAUAUUACAAAAAAUGAUAAUGAAUUAAAUAAUAAUAUACCAGAUCAAUUUGUUUCUGGUUUAUUUAUGGCAACAAAUUUAAUUAAAGAGAAACCGAUACCACAUAAAAGAGGUGUUAAUUCACAAUUUUUAUAUGGUAGCAAUAAUAAUAAUAAUCCAAAUAAUGAUAAUAUACAAAUACCAUCAACAUUAACAAGAAAUUAUCCAAAUUAUAUACCAAAUGGUAUAUGGGCUAAUGAAUUAGAUCCGAUGACAUCAAUGGAUUUUCAAGAUUUUGAUGAUUAUCCGCAAACAAGAUCUCAAUAUAUUAGUCAUAAUAAACCAUAUGAUAAUCUACAAAAUAUUUUAAAUUCAGAACCAUCAAUAACACAAUAUCAGAAUCCAAUGGCACUCUCAUAUUCACCAUAUUCCACAUCAUCAUAUGGCUAUAAUAAUAGAUAUUAUAAUGAGAGAAGAAAACGUUCUUAUAAACAACAUUCAAGCUUUGAUGAUACUGUACCGGAAUACACUGAACUAGAAUUAACACCGAAUGAACUAUUAGCAUUAUUGGCAAUGAUUGAAGCUGGAGCAUUAGAAAAAGAACCACAAUCAGAUUCAUUAUGGGAAUUAAAUAAUAAAGAUUAUUUAACAUAUAGUAAACCAAAUUAUUAUGAUGAUCAUGAUGAAAUCGGUUCACUUAUAACACCAAAUAAAUUAGAUGAAAAUGAUUUUGAUCCAAGAUAUCAAAUACCAGUUAAUUUUGAAAAUAUACCACGUUAUGAAAUUUAUAAGGAUAAAGGAGCUAGAAAUCCAUCAAAACGUUUUAUGGUAUCAAAGAAAAAACGUUCUUUAGGACAUUUAAAUUAUUUUAAUGGACCAAUUGGAAAACCAGGACUUUCUUUUUCACCAAUGAAAGGAGCCAAAUCAAUUCAAAAAGUUAUUUAAAUUAAAUGAAAUCAUAAAAUUUAAACAAAAUUGAAAAAAAAUUGAAUAUUUUUAAAAGUAACUACAAAAACAAAAACAAAAGAUAUUGUUCAACAUGUGAAAAUCUUGAAGUCCUUAAAAAUUAGCAAAAAUUAUACAGAAACCAAAAAAAAAAAAAAACAAAAGUCCUUAAAAAAAUACAAAAAUUAUCAAACUUUUGA